AUGACCACACAGAUUGACAAUAACCUUGGACAGGAAGAGCCGUCCUUACGUGGCCUCACCCCCUUGGAAGCAAGCCAGGUGGGCCUCAUCUGGCGCAUUUGCAAACGCAUUUCGUGGACAGCCGGCGGACAGAGAUGGGACGACUUCGUGGACGUGGAUCCGUUCCAAGCGCCUGCGGCGCGUCCGGCUGCGGCCGGGUCUGGGGCAGCGCCGGCGGCGGCCCCGGCGACCAGGGACAAGGUCGUCAAGUUGUCCGCUGUCCUCGACCAGGGCGACGAUGGCGAGGUGCGGGUCGCCGAUGCGUCUACGUCUGCCCAGUGGCACGCCAACUACCAGCAGCAGGUCCUCGCCGCUCCGGCGGAGGACGCGGAGCCUUCGGUGGAGCAGCUCACGGCCUUGGACCACAGGGCGAACGGCCGCGGCUGCUCGCCGUAUGCUGACUUCGCGCUGUGGGGGCCGUUCGCCCGCAAGGGCGAGCUCCCCGGCCCGGGGAACCUGCAGCACUGGGAAGCGGCAUGGAAGGUGUUCGCCACUGCUUGCAUCAUGCUCAUGGCUGUGGCCCGCUCUGCGCUCGAGCACUACGCGGAGAAGAUCCGCAAGCUCGUGCACCUAUGGCCGGAAUGUUGGCAUCUCAUUGCCACGGCGGACGACCAGAUGCGCGCACAGCACAUGGUCCGCCUGAAGCGCCGCUACGAGGCCAAACUGGCGGCCGGCGGGACGCCCGCUCCAGACUGGAACAGCGCAGCGCCCUGGUCCACUGUGUACCGCCUCGCGGCCGACGACGAGGCAUUCUGGGAUGCUCACGUGCGGCGCCCGGCGGCUGCGUGGGUGGCGCGCGGCGGUCGCGGCGUGCUGCUCGCGCCUGAGGAGGCGGUGGCCUUGGCCCACCUGCCCGGUGGCCUCGCGGCCAUCACGCCGCCGACAGAGCAGCGCCCCCCCGCGACGGGCAAGCGGCGCAAGACCGGCCCGCAGCAGCAGCAGCAGCAGCAGCGCCCCCAGCAGGCGUCGGGAAACGGGGGCCCCCCGUCGACUGCCCACGGCAGCUCGGCGGGGGGGCCGCGCAAGCAGACGAACGACUCGCAGAAGGCCCAGGGGCCCGAGGUGUGCAAGAACUGGAACCAGGGCAACCCGGCGAACGAGUGCGGCAAGCUGGGCGCGCCCUCGACUUGCCCGAAGGGCCGGUUGCACAAGUGCGCCAAGUGCGGCGAUGCCUCGCACAAGGCCCCCGACAGCGCCCUGAUCCGUGUGGGCCAGUGGGGCAACGCCUUGGUCAGGCGCCCCACCAGCGCCGGCGCGGCAGCCGGGCAGCCGGCCGCGCAGCCAGCCCUCGCGGAGGUCGCGCGCCCCGCACCGACGGCCGCGGCCCCGGCCUCCCGGCAGGAGCGCCGAGAGCAGGAGAACCAUCUCUGCGUUGGUGGCCUGCGCUCAACGGCGGCCUCCGUGGCGCGCCAGCCGCGCCUCUGCGCCCUCGGCAAGGAGGUGGCCGCCCUGUACGACGACUGGGUUUCGGAAUACCCGGAGGCGGCCGCAGUGGUGCAGCGCUUCGGUGACAAGAGUUACACCGGCCCAGGCAGUGACCUCGUCGAAGUCUGGAGAUCCCGGCUGCGCGAGCAUCUCAGCGCCCCGCCAGAGGGCCAGACGGCUCACGAGUGGGGGCGGCCCUCGCCGCUGCAAGCGGAGCUGCUGCACGCGUGGCUGCAGGCCGGCGGGGGCCCCGAGAUCUGCCUCCGGGAUUGGUGCCAGGUGGGCGCGCCGCUGGGCGUGGAGGUGCCCAUCCCCACCUGCGGCAUAUUCCCCGCCGUGCCCGCGGCGGAGAGCGCUGGCACCGCCGGUAGAUUGGACUUAGCCCUGGCGCAAGGCGUGUUCAAUUACCAGUCGAUCUCCGACGACCCCGAGGGCUCGGCGGCGGAGGUGCACCGCUAUCUGGAACAGGACUUCGCAGUGUCGCUUCCUGAGCCCGUUGCCCAGCAGAGGUUUCCCGGUGGCUCCAUAUCCCGAAUGGCGCUCAUCACCAAGGAGAAACCAGACGGGGGCGUCAAGCGGCGCAUCAUUGUUGACCUCAAGCGGAGCAGGCCGACGCCGGUCAACAGCCGCGCCCGGGUCCCAGAACGACCGGUGCUCCCGCGGAUGCGCGACCUCAUCCGGGACACCCUGGCGCUGGUCCACGGCGCGGCGCCCCCUGGCAGUGCCGACCCGGCGGUGGAUUUAGAAUUCGCCAUCGCCGAUUUUUCGGACGCCUACAUGCAUCUGCGGACGCACCCGGAUGAGCUGCGCCACUGCUUGUCGCCGGAUGUGGUGCCGGGCCGCCUGCUGCUGUGGAUCACGCUCUGCUUCGGCCUCUCUGGUGCCCCGCUCAUCUGGUGCCGCGUCGCAGCCGCGCUGGCGAGGCUCGUGCAAUCUUGCGUGGACCACCGCCAAGCCAGAAUGCAGCUGUACCUGGACGACCCCAUAUGGGCACUCUUGGGCACGAAAGCGCAGCGCGACAGGCAGCUCGGCCUCGCACUGCGGGUGCUCAUCGGCAUGGGUGUCCGCAUCGCAUGGCACAAGGCAGUCCGGGGGAGCGCAGUCGUGUGGAUCGGGGCCUCCAUAGUGGCAGACGUCGCCGCCCGGGAGAUCACCGUGUCCAUCCCGGCCAGCAUGGUCGCGGAGCUUCUGGCCUCCCUCGAGCUCCUGGCCUCUGGGGCAAUGGUCAGCCUCAGGGAGCUCAAGCGGUGCACAGGUAAACACUCCUGGGUUGCAGGCCUGCUCCCCCGCAUCCGCUGGGCCGUGUCCAUCAUGUACGCGGUCGCUGCCUCCGCAGAGGGGGACAUCCGCUCCGGCGCCGAGGAGCGCAGACGUCUUCGCAGAGAGGACCCGCGCCCCAAGCACGGUCUGGUGGCGGCCAAGCGGAUCGCCUUGCCUGUCCGUUGGCUCACGGCGCUCUGGUGCGACAUGCAAGGGCCAGUGACCCGGCGCAUAUCUUGGGUGCGCUCCCCGCCAGCCACCGUCGUCAUAGUGGACGCUUCUCCCUGGGGCUUGGGGCUGGUCUUGGCCCACCUCGCAUCCGGCAGGGUCUUGGAGUACGCCCACAGCGACGUGCUGGAUGACGACGAGACGCUCCUUCUUGUCCACCGGGGCUCAUCCAGCUCGCAGCAGGCCUUGGAGGCGCUCGCUCUCCUCGUCGCCCUGAAACUGUGGGGUCGCUUCAUGCGGGCUUCCUCGACCACAGUGGACCUGCGCGGCGACAACUCCGCUGCCCUUGCCCUCGCAGGGAAGCUGUCCAGCUCAUCCCCUGUGACGAAUUUGAUCGGGGCCGAACUGGCGCUCGAAUUGGAGAGCCUGGACGUCCGGGAUGUACAGCCCACGCACAUUCCAGGUCAUUGGAACGUCGCGGCCGGUUGGCUGUCCAGGCGUUCUGCUCCCGGGAGCGCCGCUGCAGUGCCCGCGGAGAACUGGUCGGCGCGAAGGCCCGGCCAGUGCCCGCCCGCUCUGGGCAGCAACAUCGGGCGCCAGCGCAUGGGCAACAGUUGCCGCCAGUGUCUGAACGGCUCGUCGCGUGCUUCGACAGAGGGGUGA